AUGAAGAUGCACAUCAAGCUUGACCAUGCGUUGGCGUGGAGCAAGCAAAUGGACCAAGGCCGCACCACCAUGCUAUGCGGCCGCGACGGCAGCGAGUUCCUCUUUUCCGGCGGCAAGUUGUGGGACGCCGACUACCGUCUUGGCACCGCGGCCCGCCUCAACCAACGCAAGCGGCUCCGAUCCAACGGCUCCUGCCGCCACUGUGGCCAAGUCGCCCCCAAGAUCCUCGCCCAUGUCCUCCAACGCUGCCCGCACAACGAAUGCCACGACGCAGCCCUCGGCGCCAUCUCGCGCACCAUCCAAGUCACUUUGCCCAAGGCCACUCUGCUCGUCAACGCAACCUUCCAUGGCUACGAUGGCCUACGCUCAAGCCCGACCUCCAACUCAUCGAUCAAGACAAGAAGAUGGCGAUCAUCUGCUGGGCCCAGCACUCCUCCCAUGUGA